AUGACCUCCACGGGCGAGAAGGUCUAUCAUGCCAUGUGCAACACCCUGGAUCCCAUGUUUCUCAAGCAGGUCAUGGAUCAGAAUCCUGACAUGGAGCAGCGGGGCCUCUUCGGUUGGCCAGGCAUGCAGAUGGACGGCGUCUGCGAACUUCACAAAGAAUUCUUGAAACAAUUGUUCAAGAUAUCCAAACAAAUCGUUCCUGCCGAUCUCAAGCAUGCUUUGGUGAGGCUCGACAAUUUUCAUGCAAAUAGACUCCUUCGGUCAGCUCCAAACGGGCGGCGAACGCUUCGGCAAGAGGCCCAAGGAAUCACCAACAUGAUGAGCCAUGUAAACCGCAAGAGAAGAAACAGCGUGGACUGUUCAAGACUUCCUGCAUGGAUGGAGGAAUUGGUCCAGCAAAGCUCAGGUUCACCGUCGAGGCCGGAACCGUCCACAGCACCGGCUCUGUGCAAGAAGGCGUCCAUGAAGGUGAUCUCCGACAAGGGCGACUUGAGCAAGGAAUCCAUCUUGGCAGCUUUUGGUUUUGAUGAAUCCCAGAUCGUCGCGAUCGACGGGGACAACAUCGUAGAGGUUUCGAGCGAGGAUGGCCAGCCUGGCAAAGGAGCAACCUGCUCCUCGAAUCCUACUGCAGGAGCAGCAAGCUCUUCGAAGCCUUGGACUGAUUUCUCGGCAUGGAAGGCAGUCCGGAUGCAGGCCGACGGCACCUUGGAGGAGCACGUGGACCUGUUUCAAAAGGACUCGGAGCCCUUCUACUUCGCGGCCUUCGCAGACGGCACGGAGUACCUCACGGAGCUCCCUGUUGGCACCAAGGAUCCGCCCCCGGUCAAUAAGAAGCCCAAGGCCAAGGCUAAGCCUAAGAAGGCUGCCAUGAAGAAGCCCGCGUCGAAAAAUCAGUCUCCGAAGAAGAAGCCAGCCUCGAAAGUUCAACCCGAAGCGGAGGCCCCAGAUCCGCUUGCAGAUGUGGAAGCGAAGACUUCGGCAGAGGUCGAGAUCGAUGAGCCGAAGGCCAAAUCGAAGCCCAAGGCCGUUGCAAAGAAAAAGUCCGAGAAAAAGUCAGAGAAGCCGAGUCUGAGCUGCACGGUGAACUCGAAGUGGAGCAUCAUGUACUACAAGUUUCCAAAGAAUGCCUACGGCAUCCGUGAGAAGGGCAAGUCCCAGUUGUUUCAAAUACUUUGCCGUGAUAAAGAUCCGUUGACAGUGAGGUCGCAGAUCGUGCACCUGGGUACCCCCAAGCUCGAAUCGGGCACAGACCCGACCGAGGUCAAGGAACUUUUGUUGAAGUCUGUGCACAAAGCUUAA